AGUAAUCGUUCUCGUCGAGUAGUUGCGCGUGCGCCGCGUAGGAGGCGAGCGGUCCGCAAGCGGCUGGAACACCUACAAUACGAUGUGAUUUUAAAUCUACUGCACCACAUCAAAUGAUACCAAGACCAACGUAUCGCAACGCAGUUAUACAAAAUGGAAUGUUACACAUCGGAUAGCUGUGACAGUGACACCAGGGAGCAGAAAACCCUGGAUUUGUCGAGUCAAAUGUUGGAUUCACUCAGCCUGUCGUCGGAACUAAAAGGCAUUGUUGACGAGAAGGAUUGCGCAGAAAAUUACGAGAUAAUUCUCCUCUACAACAACAGGAUAAAGGCACUGCCUGAUACGUUAAACAGGUUUAGCAACUUGAAGAUAUUGGAUGUAAGCAACAAUAGACUGACUGUGCUCCCGGAUAUCUUCAAACAUUGUCAGCUAACGUCGCUGAUAGCAAAACAUAAUCAACUCACCAAUGAAUCGCUUCCGAAGUCGUUCUUUAGUAAUAAGAGUUCACUGCGAGAACUCAAUUUAAGCGGAAACCAAUUGAACUUCUUUCCAGAGCAAGUUUUAGAUAUAGCAUCUCUUAGGUACCUUUACUUAGGUGGUAACAACAUAGUCAACAUACCAAAGGACAUAUGGAAACUUAACAGUUUGCAGAUUCUAUCUUUAGGAGGUAAUCAAAUUAUCGAAGUUCCGGAAUCGGUUGGGCACCUGACGGGGCUCCAAGCUCUGGUUUUGAGCGACAAUCUAAUAGAGCAACUGCCAGCGAGCAUAGCGAGAUUGAAUCAACUACGUUCCUUAUUAAUCCACAAGAACAGAUUGAAGACUUUGCCCACGCAAAUAAUCAAGCUAAGAUGUUUGACUGAGCUAAGUCUUCGCGACAACCCUCUAGUAGUGAGGUUCGUUAGAGACAUGACCUUGCAACCUCCUUCUCUAUUGGAACUAGCUGGUCGCACCAUCAAACUACACGAGAUACCGAUACGGGCAGGCGAAGUACCUUUAACCUUGAUGAGGUACCUUGGAGCAGCUCAAUGUUGUGUUAAUCCCAAAUGUAAAGGUGUUUUCUUUGACAACCGCGUGGAGCACAUCAAGUUUGUCGACUUCUGUGGCAAAUACCGCAUUCCACUUCUGCAAUAUCUAUGUAGCUCUAAGUGCAUCACUGGAAGCUGGGAGAGUCGCGAGGCGGAUAGUAAUCCCCAUCCUCACAUGAUGAGGAAAGUUCUCUUGGGCUGACUAUAGUCGUGAUUUAUGUGGUCUAUCCUAUCUAAGACCUCCAAGAGUAACUUGUAAAAUAUGAUAAAAAAAAACCUAUUUUAGUAAACACUGUUUAUUUUGUACCUAAGAAGAUGUUUUGUUAUUUCAUUGUUAUUGUUAUCCAGGAGUCUAAAGUUCUGAAUAAAAUCUACUUAUCAAAAAAAAUGUUAUAGAACAAGUGAGUAAAAAUUAUAGCUUAUGUUCAGAUUUUUUUCUUUUAACAACAUUGGUAUAAUAAUUAUUUUUAGAAAUAUAUUGGUGAAUAAAUAUUGGGGCCAUGGUUGUUAUAAUUAUUCAUUGUAAGAUUAUCCUAAGGUACCUACUUGCGCAUAUAUGUGCCAAUAUGUGAUACAUUUUAUAGAACAUUUACCUAUAUUGAAAUAAAGUAUAUUUUCAUUAAUAA